GAAAAGAUGUGAACUAUCAUUCAGAAGUUGAUGAAGUGGAUAAAAAGACUGAUUAAGACUCGGAUCUGAUCUCGGGUCAGAAUGCAGGGACUCAGCAGGCGCGCUCACGCAUUUUCUGUGGAGGCUUUAGUGGGUAAAACUUGCAAGAAGCGGAAAGUAGAAAAUAUUGAGGAUGAGAAAUGGCAGAGUGUUUCAGAAAACGAUAGAGACACACCAACGGGCAUUGUCAUCGACGAACACGAUGAGCGAAACGACAGGAGGAGAAAAAUCUGCGCGACGGCAAGAAAACCAACCUCGACCGAAUGUGAAUCUGCGAGAGAAGUUCGAGUGGAUCUUCAAGCAUCCGACUUGUGGAAGAGAUUUCAUGAGAUCGGCACUGAGAUGAUCAUCACCAAGGCUGGGAGGAGAAUGUUCCCAUCUGUCCAAGUUAAAGUGCACAAUCUGGAUCCCUUCCAGCAAUACUACAUCGCCAUGGACAUCAUGCCUGUGGAUUCAAAGAGAUACAGGUAUGUGUACCAUAGUUCUCAAUGGAUGGUGGCCGGAAACACAGAUCAUUCGUGUAUUUCUUCCCGUCUGUGCGUGCACCCGGACUCGCCGUGUUCUGGAGAGAACUGGAUGCGACAGGUGAUCAGCUUUGAUCGCAUCAAACUCACCAACAAUGAGAUGGACGACAAAGGCCAUAUGAUCCUGCAGUCCAUGCACAAGUACAAGCCACGCAUACACGUUAUCCCGUACAAUCCUCGAGUCGACCUGUCACAGACUCCUCCGUCGCUGCCAGCAGACAGUGUUCACACCUUCUCCUUCCCUGAGACACAGUUUACCACUGUCACAGCCUACCAGAACCAACAGAUAACAAAACUGAAGAUUGACAGGAAUCCAUUUGCCAAGGGUUUUAGAAACCCAGGACGAAACAGGGGUGUGUUGGAUGGGAUUUUAGAGUCAUACCCAUGGCACAGCGCCUUCAGCCUUCAUUUCAAACCUUUCACUAUGGAGCUACAAGGCAGAAGUUCUGGAUCUUCAGCAAGCUUUGGUAUCACCUCAUCAUUAAAAGCACUCCUGCCAAGCUCCUUUUCUCCAGCAGCCCAUCCUAUCACAUUCUCAAGCCCUCAAUGCUUCACCUCAAACAGUCUUCUCACAUACAGAACUCACUGCAGCCUUGGGCUGGGUAGACUCGGUGGUUAUGCUGGCUUACAACCCCUGUUAGAUCUCCCCUUCAUGUCUACUCUUCAGGUAAAGAAAGGAGACUGUCUCCAGGAUUCUACCACCACAGGUUCUUCUUUGCUUUUUAUCCAGAACCUUCCACCAGGAUGGACCUCUGAAUACUAUCAAGCUCACAAUUACACUAUGGCAUCAGCCCCUGUAUUACCCAACAGUCUGUACAGCCACAGUUUACCCAUGAGUCACCAAUUCUCCACUGUCACUCAUCAGUUAAAUCUGGGUGAUGGUGAGAGCACUGUGCACUCAGUGCCCAUGAAUUCCUCCUUCAGCUACUGCCAUUGACAUCAAACAUGCCAAAACGUUUAUUAUUAUUUAGUUAUAUAACUUGAUUAUUUACACAAUGGCAACUUUAAAAUAAUGGAACCU